AUGUCUUUGACUUUGGACUCCAAAGCAGUCCUGGGUUUCAACUUGAGCUUCUUCUCAGACGAGAUUGAGACAGGGCAGAAGUACUUGUCACAGAUGCAAGAAUGGAUUCAAAGUAGAAAGAUCGAAGUGCCACCAAUUAGCACCUUUGACUUUAGCCAUAUUCGGCAGGAGCGGCUCUACGGGCUUUCAAACCCUCAGGGCAACCAUGGCGAGGAUGUGAAGGAGCUGUACUACUAUUUGGAUGCUACGCCGACACACAGCUACAUGAAGAUGAUGUACAAGUAUCCGCAGGCAGAGUUUCCAUACGACGAGUUGCGACGAGUCAACUUUGAAAGAAAGAAGGAUCCGAUGCUUUUGGAGUACGAGUUGCUCGACACUGGAAUCAUGGAUGACGACAAGUAUUUUGAUGUUGUGGUGGAGUAUGCUCAAGGUGAACCAGAUGACACUCUGGUGCAAAUUACGGCCUACAACCGUGGAAACGAAGAGGCAGAGCUGUGCCUCUUGCCUCAGGCUUGGUUCCGCAACACUUGGUCAUGGAGUUCCACUUCCAAGAGACCAAGUAUGUCUUAUGUUCCAGAUCAACGGAGGAUAGAGAUCUUGCACGAAAAGCUUGGCUCAUACAACCUCUAUGUGGAUGAAAACACAGAGGUGAUUUUCUGCGAGAAUGACACCCAUGAUGCUCGAGCAACCUUCGGUGCUUUGAGCCCCUACAAGGAAUCCGAGCCUGUCUCGCAGAAUGAGACGCUCAAAGAGUUGGGCGACUUUCGCGUCCUCAGCGCAGCGGGGUGGCAUGCGAUUCAUCGCCGUUUUGAGACCCGCCUCGGACCUGCUCCUGACGGAGCUCAGGAAACCGGAAAAGAUCAGGGCUACCGCUUUCAUUUGAGUGGCCGCAGCACUGGGCACUUCAAGGAUGGAUUCCACGAUUAUGUGAUCCGUGGAGACAAGGCAGCGGUGUCAAGCAGUGGCGGCACAAAGGUAGGCUUGCUGACAAGGCACAAAGUGGCCGGAGGCAGUCAUGUGACUGCAAGACUGCGCCUGACCCAUUCAAGCAAAAGUUUUGACAGGAGCGCCUUCGCUGAUUUUAACAUGAUGUUUCAACACCGGAGAGAAGAUGCAGACAGGUUCUAUAUGUUCCUCCAAGAUGACAUACAUUCUGAAGAACGAAGACUCAUUCACCGGCAGGCACUUGCAGGGAUGGUUUGGACAAAGCAGCUGUAUUACUAUGACAUCCGUACUUGGCUGCAAGGCGAUUCAGGGUAUCCUAAGCCACCAAGUCGCGGAGGUCGCAACGAAGACUGGGAUCACCUCUACAACUUGGAUGUGAUCUCGAUGCCGGACAAGUGGGAAUAUCCUUGGUACGCCACUUGGGACUUAGCUUUUCAUUGCUUACCUUUGGCCCUGGUGGAUGCGACUUUUGCGAAGGAGCAGUUGCGCCUAUUGACCUCUGAAAGGUUCAUGCAUCCCAACGGCCAGCUUCCUGCUUAUGAAUGGAAUUUUAACGACGUGAACCCUCCAGUUCAUGCAUGGGCUGUCUGGCGCGUCUUCCAGAUGGAUCGGAAGAACCGUGGUGAUGCUGGCGACCUAGGUUUCCUGGAAGAGCUCUUCCACAAGAUGAUGUUGAACUUUCAGUGGUGGGUGAAUCGGAAGGAUGCCGAGGGAAGGAACAUUUUUCAAGGAGGAUUUCUGGGUUUGGACAACAUCGGAGUUGUGGAUAGAAGCCAACCUUUUCCAAAUGGUGGGAUGAUCAACCAGUCUGACGGCACGAGCUGGAUGGCGUUUUACAGUCUGACACUGAUGCGGAUGGCACUGGAACUGGCAUUGAACAAUCCUGUGUACGAGAGCAUUGCUUGCAAAUUUGCAGAGCAUUUUUUGCUGAUUGCAAGGGCUAUGACCCGAGUUGCAAACAAUGCAGAGCAUGGCCUUUGGGAUCCCUCAGAUGAGUUUUACUACGACGUCCUCGCCAACCCCGAUGGCACAAGGGAGCCGAUCAAGCUCCGCAGUAUUGUUGGCUUGAUCCCGCUCUUUGCAGUGGAGGUUCUUGAGCCAGACAUGCUGACUAAGCUGCCUCGGUUUGCUGGACAGAUGCAAUGGCUCUUUGAGCAUCGGCCAGAUUUGGCAUCUUUAGUCUCCCGCUUCGAAGAGCCUGGCCGGGGAGAGCGGCGGCUGCUCUCGCUACUGCGAGGCUACAGGAUGAGAGCUCUUUUGAAGCGAAUGUUGGAUCCUGAAGAGUUCCUUUCCGACUAUGGCAUUCGGGGGCUGUCGAAAUAUCAUGACAAGAAUCCGUACGCCUUCGGAGAUGGCCCACCGCUGCAGUAUGACCCAGCAGAGGCCACGACCAUUAUCAUGGGCGGCAACUCGAACUGGCGUGGGCCUGUUUGGUUUCCCAUCAACUACCUUCUGAUCGAGUCCCUGCAAAAGUUCCAUCAGUACUACGGCGAUGACUACUUGGUCGAGUUCCCAACAGGGUCUGGCCAAAAGAUGAACAUUCUCAAGAUCGCUGAUGAGCUCUCUGAGCGACUCAUCAAGAUCUUUGAACGGGACCAGGAUGGCUACCGACCAGGGAUGAAUUUGCACCCAAAGAUGAAGGAAGACCAUUUUCAUGAGAACAUCCUUUUCUAUGAGUACUUCCAUGGAGACAAUGGCAGAGGUGUUGGCUCCUCGCACCAAACUGGUUGGACGGGCCUUGUGGCCAAAUUGAUUCAAGCUAGAGGCAGAGAGGACGCACACGAGUCCUAA